AUGCUGCACCAGACACAGCUCGCGCGCUCUGCGGCAGUGGACAGAAGGGUGGCCGCACCCCGCAAUGCCUUUCAGACCGGCAAGCUCCGGGUUGCGGGCGUGCAGCAGCUCUCCAAGCGGGUUGUCCCUGUGGUGGUGUGCCAAGCCGCUGCGACCGACGCGCCCGCGUUCAAGGGGGACCUGCUGAACAAGUCUUACUACCCCACUGGCGCCGACACGGCCAACGCCAACAAGCGGUGGUACAUCAUCGACGCGGAGGGCAAGACCCUGGGCCGCCUGGCGACGCUGGCGGCGACCUACAUCAGGGGCAAGCACCUGCCGACCUACUCGCCCUCCAUGGACAUGGGCGCUUUUGUCAUCGUCAUCAACGCCGAGAAGGUGACCGUGACCGGCAACAAGGCGUCGGACAAGACCUACUUCCGUCACGUGAACGGCCGGCCCGGCAGCUGGAGCAUCGAGACUUUCAACCAGCUGCAGCAGCGCAUCCCCGAGCGCAUCAUUGAGAAGGCGGUGAAGGGCAUGCUGCCCAAGGGCGGCCUCGGCCGCGAGAUCCGCCUGCACCUCAAGGUGUACAAGGGCGCCGCCCACCCCCACGAGGCGCAGCAGCCCGUGGACAUCACCAGGGAGAUCAGCCUCAAGCCCAAGCUGGGGCCUGGGAAGGAGCUGCUGGCGGCCGCCAAGAAGCA